UUUCAGAUCUACCCGACGAGAAGACCAGUGUGGGCGAAUCUGAAAGCGCUUACUAGAGCUGCCAUCCAGUUCCGAGCAGAAGGCAUUAUAGAUAGGAUUACGACGUAUAUUGUAAACUAUGAAUCGAUGUACAUGGAACAAAAAAUAGCGGAAUCAAUCAAACUUGAACUUGCAAGCGUCAUUGAGGAAAUCGUCUACAAAGCGGAGCAGGAUGGCCACUGGAUAAAUAUUGUCCGGAACGGGCUGAAUCCGGAACUGGAAUAUGGCCGUGCUAUAUAUGACUCAGUCAUACUGCCUGCUGUAGCAAAGGUUACGCUUUUUGCGAUUCCAGUCAAGGAAACUUCCAAAUGA